CCACAACAAUUUGUCUUUAUGUUUCGUUGGAAACUUUUUCGAUUCUUUUCUAUUGAACAAGUUGCCGGUCCUCUUGAAGAAACAAACGCACUUAUAGUAGAACAAACCGACAAGAAUAGAAACGAUGGUAUUGACAAAACGUUGCUUCCUUUCUAUAGACUGUUGUCCUCUCGAGCUUUCCGGCAAUCAGCUCUUUCUUGUUUUAAGAGACCUCUGACAACCCAAAGAAGAAUAUUAUUUAUGCGACAACCUAAUAUUAUGGAAACUUUUCACUUCAAUUUCUCACAUAGUUCCUCUUUACUUCAAGAACCCAUGUUUGGGCACGGUAUUAUAGAAGUACCCAAUAGCACUUUGUGCGAUGCUGCAGUUCCUUCGAUAAUGGAUGACUUUGUUGCAUUCGUUGGAUUUGAACUUAUCCGUAGUAGCUUUUCCAGUUUAGAUAGAGAAAGAAAUGUGCUCAAAUUGUAUUAUUUGUAUUCCAGUUUUGAACAAACGAGUUCCCUUUUGGAGACUGGAGCCAUAUUUUAUCCCGAAGUUGCAAAAUUGGUCACAACGAUGCACUUGAGUUAUGAAAGUAGACCAACCGCUGUUGCUGUAGAUAGUCAUUGUAACAACGCUGCUGUGGGUUUUGCAGAUGGAACAGUUUUGCUUCUUAUGGGAGACAUAAAAGUGGACAAAACAAAUAAGCUUCGAAUUCUUCCUGGUGCUGGAGAAACAACGGGACCUUAUGGAGUUCACUUUCUUUCUUUUGAGACAAGUUGUUCAUCAUGGACACCGAAUAGCUCAGAAAUGAGAAUAUUUCUGACCACAUCUUCUUCAGUUGCAGUUAUCAAGGUCUAUUCUCUUGCUUCCUAUCACAGAGAAGUAUUAGAUAGAAAAGGAGGUGAACAAAUGCGUUGUUCUAUUAUGUUUUCUGUUGAAAGUAAUUCGGAUGAAAUGUUUGUUGCUCGAGAUGAGGCUAUCUAUUUUUUUCAUGCGGAUGGUCGUGGUCCUUGCAUUGCAUUUCCUUGUCUACACUCUCAAGUUUGUUCCAAAAAUAAUUAUAUUUUGGUAUGUAAUGAAAUGGAAGAUGGAGAGUGGAUGAUUUAUGAUAUGAAACACAAGUUAAUUGCCUUUCGAGAAAAGGCUCCCUGCACAAGAUUGGCUUGUUUAUGUGCUAUUUCCUCUCCAAGAGAAAUAUUUCGUAGGAUGGAGAAAGCUGAUCUUGUUGAGACAAGAGAAAUAUAUUUUUUGUUCAUAGCUACAGAUGGCUCAUGUUUUGUGCUGAGAGAAAGAUCGGUUCGAGAGAGAGUUCAUUUACUCAUGCAAAAGAGGUUCUAUGAAGCAGCUGUUGCUUUGGCUAGAAAUUGUGCAUCACAGUUUCCUUCAGAGUCUUCUCGCCAACUGAUGUAUCAAGUUCUUUUGGAGUUUGGAAUUCAUCUCUUAGGAAGAGGCGACUUUGAAUCUGCUGCUAAUCAGUUUGUAGAAGGGAUACAUUAUGGUAUUCCCGCAUCUAAAGCAAUCAAGCUAUUGUGUGAUCAACCUUGUACAAAAAAGGCUCUCAUUCGAUAUUUAGAAGCUUUGCACUUGCACGGUGAUGCAAGUCUGCCAUAUACUCGAGUAUUGCUAACUUGCUAUAAAUAUGAAAAGUUAGAAAAUGGAAAUAGUUUAUCUAAUGAUGCUCCAUCGGUAGAAGAGAAACUUCGGAAUGAUAUCGUACAAUAUUCAUUAUCGAAACGAGAUGCGAGAGAACUAUGUGAGUUGUGUAUCGAUGCAGGAUUGACAACAUUGGCACAAGAAUUUGCUUGGUCUUUCGAGAUAUACGAUAUCUUUUUUGAACAGAGUCUUCAAAAGAAUCAAUCCAAUAUUAUCGACGUGUUUGAACAAUUUUCUAGUUUAGAACCUUACAAGGUAUUGGAGGCAUUGGAAUCUUAUGCAAGAAGAUUCUUUGAUUGUUCUUCUAUCCAUUUUAUGAAAUGGUUGAGUAACUGGACUUGCCGUUUGUUUGCGGAUUCAUCUUCAAGUCAACAACAUUGGGAGAAGUUUAUUCAAACGAUAUGUCAUUUGUAUAUAGACAAUCCAAGAGGUUUGAUAAAAUUUUUUGAAAGUAUAUUCAAUUCCGAAGUAGAUAGCGCUCUUGUUCUUUGGGAUGUGAAAACAUUACGUCGAAUGUGGUUUGAGUCUCUUUUAUUCACAGACUCGAUGAAUUUUUUGGAAACUGAAGAAAAGAUCCCUUUUGAACAAACAAACAUGAAAGUAGCUGAGCCACAUUUUCUUUCAACGCUAUAUGAAAGUACAAUGCUUAUAGGAAGACCUGCAGUUUCUACUCGGAACAAGAAGAGCAACAAGGCACUCAAUCUAUUGCAAAGUUCUCGAGUCGGUAUCGAAGAUUUUGAAGCCUUAUCUCUUGCGGAGUUGUAUGGACAUGCUCCUUGUAUGGAAUAUUUGUAUGAAAGAACCAAAAAAUAUUCAGAUGUUGGUCAGAUGCUUUUGUUGAAGGAAGAUGCAGCAUCUUUGUUGAGAGUUUGUCGUCGUCAUGGCAUUCGUGAACCUAACUUAUGGAUACAAUUAUUGCAAUUCUAUGCUUCUUUGUAUAAGGAUAACGUGAAUCGUGAAAGACAACGAUUUCCAGCUAUUCUUCAAGAAGCUAUCGAUGCAUUGGAUCGUUCUGGUAUUAUGACUCCUUUGGGUAUUGUAGAAAGCCUUAUGAAUUGUUCAGAUGGAAAAAUACCUCUUCCUAUCAUUCAGAGUUACAUGGAUAGAACAUUGAGUGCAUUAAGAUAUCAACUGGAAGAAGAGGAAGCUACUCUGAAUACUUUAGAGAGUCAAAUGCGUAGUUUAAAAGAAGAAAGAAGCAAGUUGAAUGAUUCAGUUAUGAUCAUUCAGAAUGAUCGUUGUAGCAAAUGCGGUGUUGAACUCACUGUGCCAUUGAUCCACUUUUUAUGUGGUCAUUCUUACCAUAUAGACUGUCUGGUAGAUAUGCAAUCGAGCACAAGAUCUGUCUCAACAGCCUUAGGUAAUAGUACUUACAGUGGUCAAACUUCAGAGUUGAGAGUGGACACAAGUACUUUGAGUUGUUCACUUUGUGAGCGCGAGUUUGAAGGAAUCGUAUCUAUGAAGGCAGCUUUUGAAGAUAGAAAAAGGGAACCAGAAGACUUUUUUCGCUUUAUUUCAAAUAGCAAGGACGGUUUCAAUACCGUAGUUGAGUUUUUAGGACGUUGCGUAUUUUCCUGAGUGGCAAUUCAAAGUCUUUUGUGCGCACAGAAUCAUCCAUUACUUCCUUUUCGUUCAGUAAAGGUCAGUAAUGUACGCGAAUAUAGUCUAGCCUUCCUGGUUAAGAACAAACAACCAAACGAUGAUGAGCCACUGUAGGCGGGUUGCCGCUCGACCGUUAAGAAGGCAUAAUAA